AUGGCAAACCGAGGAUACGAUGUAGUAGUCGAUGUCGACGCAGAGGGCGAUCUCGGUCAUACCGACCUGCAAGAGGAUCUCGAGUUCCACUCGUCCAACUUUGAAACCUCAAACUCGACUCGUGGCAAGCUGCCCACAGGCAACAACUCAUUCCUCCCAACCUCCAACAAUGGUAACCCCUCGGUCACGAGUAGCAAACACUACCUCUGGAGCAUUUCCUUCUACGCCCAAUUCUUCGACGUCGACACCUCCGAAGUCGCUCGUCGCUGCCGCGCCGCCAUUUUCCCUCUCUCCAACUUCCUGGACGUGCUAGAUGGAAACCCCGAUCUAUACGGUCCCUUCUGGAUCGCUACCACCGUCGUCGUCAUCCUCUUCCUCACAGGUACCAUUUCGCAAUAUUUGGCCAAAGAGGGAAAGAAACAUUUCAUCUACGACUUUACCCUGCUCUCUGGCGCUGCAGGCUUGAUUUAUGGAUACACCUUCCUCAUCCCUGUUGCCUUGUGGGGUGCUUUGAAGUGGUUCAGAGCUGAAUCUGCAAACUUGCUCGAGUGCGUCUGUCUGUACGGCUAUGCGAACCUCAUCUGGAUCCCUGUGGCCUUGAUUUCUUGGUCGCCAAUCUCCAUUUUGAACUGGGUCUUCGUUGCCGUCGGACUUGCGGCUUCAGGCGUCUUCUUGGUCAGGAAUCUGUAUCCUGUGCUGAGUGCUACGGAUGUCAAGACCAGCAAGAUUUUGUUGGUCGUUGUUGUGGCACUGCACUUUGGUCUUGCUCUCGCCAUCAAGAUCUUGUUCUUUGCGUAA